AUGUAUUGGGGUUAUUCGAAUAAGACUAAUUUAUUCGGUUCAACCGAUUCCUCUCACAAACUUGAAGUUGACAUAACUUCUGAAAGGACUCCAAUUAAUGUUGUUAUUAAAUUAAUACCACAGAGAAAUGAAAAUAAAGGUAGGCUCCCUAUGUUUUGUAAACCUGGAGAUAAUUCGAUCCUAUUAGAUACAGAUAAACCAGAAUAUUCAUCAUUUGAUAAUGUCUUCACUUCUACAGCAACCGCAGAUGACAUGUAUAAUUAUUUUCAUUCAGAUCUGAAUUAUACUCAAGAUGUACUAAAUGCUUAUAAUUUGACAUUAAUUACAUAUGGUCAAUCUUUUACUGGAAAGACUUCUGCAUUAUGGGGAAUCCCUGAUAAAGAUAUUGUAGCAGAUGGUCUUGUUCAGAAAUUUUCUAAGGAACUAUUUGAAAAGAUUGAUAUUGAAAGAAAAGAACAUGGUACAAAAUCAGUUGUAAAUUUGAAAGUGUUUGAAGUUAAUAUGGAAAAGAUACAUGAUAUGUUAAUACCAGAUGGAAUGAAAAAAUCGCUAAAACUACAUCAUGAAGCAAACAAAGUAGAAUAUUCAGUGAAAGAUUUAUCAAACUGUGUCGUCAGCUCCACUGAAGAUAUAAUAUUAGAAAUGAGUAAUGUUGCAAAAAGGCGAAAUGUAAACUCUAAUAAAUCUACACGUUCAAAGACACACCUAUUUGUCAAAAUUCUUGUAGAACAAAGAAAUAUAAUAGACGAAACCUUGAAGACAGGUAGUCUUCUUUUUAUCGAUUUAUGUGGUUCAAAUCUCUUGAAUAAAGAUGUGGACAAAAGUUUUUCAUCAGAUGAGAUAAGAAAAUUGAAUACAGAGUUAAAAGCAAUGAAUAACGUUAUAAACACCCUCUCGGACCACCAAACUAAACACCCCGAUGAUAAACGAGAACAUUCUAUUCCUUACAAGGAAUCUAAUUUGACCAAAUUAUUACUAAACCCGUUAACGGGAAAUUCAAUAACGACGUUCCUUAUUUGUUGUUCAACUGAUAAAGAUGACGAGGUUAACUCUCUAAAUUCGUUACGGAUCGGUUCCACUAUAAAGACUAUAAACACAUCAAUCCAUGCAAAUAUUGUUGGGCUACACCAGAAAAAGAAGAUGGAUUUAUUAUAUGAAAAUACAAAGAAAAAAGAGGAUAAUUACUUGAAAAGAAUACAACAAUUAGAAUUAGAGCGGGAUGCUCUUCGUAAGAACGUUUGCAACUCCGUAGAGAACACAUCCACUUCCUCUAUGUUUCAAAAAUUACAAAAGUCUGAAGCUGAGAAUAAAGCACUCAUAGAACAAUUGGAAUUAUUAAAGGGUAUUUUAAGCGGUCAAUCAAAGGAGACAUUGAAAAGUUCACCCCAACCUAAUGGUAAUAUAAUGGAUAUUACAAAAUCUUUGAUCGAGAAAUCAAGCAAAGUCGCAGAAUUACAGGCGUCAAUAGAAGAAAUGAACCACUUAAAUUACAAAUUGAAAGCAAAAAUUAAGGACAUGGGAGGAAAGGACUCAAACCUUGAAAAUAUGAAUACUAAACUUGUGCUACAAAUAAAAGAACAUGAAUGUCUGAUACAAAAGUUACUUACCGCUAACGCUGCAAUGGAGAGUGAACUUGACCAUUUUAAAGAAAUCAACAAAGUUAGAAUCGAUAAAGUAAAGAUUCUGGAAGAUAGAAUUUCCAAAUCCAACAUCCAUAAUGGUGCAUAUGAUAGCAGUGCUGAAACACCGAGACAAGGUUCCGUCAGUUCAUCGUCGGGACAUACGAUAAUUCCAAUUGAUGAAGGCAAAGAGAUUGGUGCAUCGCCAUGGGGUUUAAAAAAUCCUGUUAACAAUGGUUGGGGUAAUAGACAAGCAUCCGUUGGCAGUAUUGGUAUUUCAACCUCCGAAGAAACCUUUGUUCCACGUCCUCUUAAGAAGGGUCUAAAAUUAAACUCAGUACGGGUAGUGUCGGGACCUGCAACAACUCCACACAUGACGAACGGUAAGAUUUAG